AUGAAAUCUAUUGAGUAUAAUAAAUCAAAAGAUGAAAUCGAAGGCUAUGAAGAUCUUGGUACAUUAGGUAGAACAGACAAAAUCAGAUCGCACGCUUUAGUUAUAAUGGUACGGGGAUUAUAUAACAACUGGAAAUUUCCACUUAGUUAUUAUUUAACUGGCAGUGGAAUAAAAGGAGAUAACUUGGCCAUAAUUGUUAAAGAAUCAGUUCAAAAACUAUUUGAUCUCGGUUUAACACCAGUAGCAAUAGUGUGUGACCAAGGAACACAGAAUAGGCGCAUGUUUUCACUUCUAGGAGGAACAAUAAAAAAACCAUUUACUGAAAUUUGUGACCGAAAAUUGUUUCUAGUAUAUGACAUGCCACAUUUAAUUAAAAGUCUAAGGAACAAUUUGUUAACACAUUGA